AUGGGGUCUUCAGGUCGUCACAGCCAUACACACAUUGACAUUACCCACAUUUCGCGUUCUCCCUCCCCCGGCGGCUCGCAAGACGACGAGCUCCACGAAACCGGUGUCCAGGUCUCUGCUGGAGUCUCCCCUCAAUAUUCGGUCAUCCAGCCUACCCAGAGUCAGAGCGGCUCCUCCUCGCACCACGAUUUCGUUCAAGUGCUAUAUCCGAAUGAACUUGGAGAGGCCGAUGGCUCAGAUUCAGCCUCGAGAUUAGACCAUCGCGAAAGAGUUCAGCAAUACGAGUCCAGGUCCAAUUCAGCAAGACGACAGGCGGUGCACCGCCAGCAGGCUAUUCGUGAGCCUGCUCGCAGUCGAACCAGAGAAUUGCAAGACACAUCCCCGACGGAGAGCGGAGACUCGACCGAAGAGUUCCUUGCCAGGCGGGACCUGGGCUCUCACAUGCCUCGUCCUCAAUCAUAUUAUGAGCACAACGGGUAUACUCACAGCAGUUCGUCGGCGUCUUACCCAUAUCCUCCUGUGCCACAUCCCGCAAAUCAAGUAAUAGCUCUUCAACCGCAACCCAUGGCUAUACCAUUUCCAGCCCACUAUCCCCAAGGCCAACCGGUGCCAUACCCACCUCACGCUGGAUAUCCAGCUGGCUUCAGUCACCAUGCUCCUUCACAAGUCAGCGCACCAUACACCUCGUCUCCUUACGGGCCGCCUACCAUUGUUAACUAUGGUGCUCCACCUGCCCCGGCGAGCUAUUACUCUCAAUAUCCUCCCCCCUUCGGUGCCCACCAGUAUCCGCCACAUUACAUGCAGUACCCGCAACAGAUGCCUUAUCCAUACUACGCUCCACCUCUUGCGCCUUCCCCACAGCCCGUUUCUGCGAGUGCAUCUGCCGAAAAGCUUGAAGCUAAGAACGACGACGACCUUGUUAGACGCCUCAAGGAUUUGAUGAAAGAAGAACAGAUUGCUAAAGACGCGGAAGCGGCCGAAAAGGCCACAAUGGCAGCCUCACUUGCUGAGCAAGAAAGCCGUCUUCGAGAACAAGCACUGAGGCAAGUCGAAGAGAAAGUCCGACAAGCUGAGGAGAAGGCUAGACAGGCUGAGGAGAAGGCACGACAGGAUGAGAGGGCGCGACAAGACGCACUCCUUCAGGCGGAGGAGAAGGUCCGGCAAGCCGAAGAAAGGGCCCGGCAAGAAGCGAUUCGUCAGGCUGAAGAGAAACAGCGACAAGACGCCCUACGAGCGGAAGAAGAGAAACGCAUUCGAGAACAGGCCUUGUUAGCGGCCGCAGAAAAGGCCCGAGCAGAAGCGAUGGCUGCGGCAGCACGCAUGGAAGAAGAGCGGCGGAUUCGAGAAGAAGCCGUCCGGGCUGCAGAGGCAAAGGCCCGGGCUGACGCUGCGGCAGAAGCUGAGCGCAGGGCAGCAGAGAAACGAAUCCGAGAAGAAGCGAGACAGGAAGCGAUUCGGGCUUACGAGGAACAAGUCCGAGCCGCCGCGGAGCAAGCUGCAAGAGAACAGCAGAUUCGGAAAGAGGCAGCAGAGGCCGCCCUGAGAGCUGCGGCGGAAGAAGCAGCUGCCAAAGCAGAAAAGGCUGCAGCCCAGAAGAAGAUGAUCGACGACGCCGCGGCGGCUGCGAAGAACGCAGCCGAAAAGGAGGCGGCGGAGGCAGCAGCUGCCGCCCGAGAGGAGGCAAAAAGGGCAAAAGAAGAAGCCGAAGCUAAACUGAAGGAAGCCGAGGAAGCAGCGGCCAAAGCAAAAGCAGAAGCCGAAGAAGCCGCUGCGAAAGCCGCUGCUGCAAAGGGGCCCGAAAAGAAAGCUCCUGUCAGAUUCAAAGAUGCGAUUGGGCGCAAUUACAAUUUCCCCUGGGAUCGAUGUUGCAAAUGGCGGGAUAUGGAAAAUCUCAUCGUCCAGGCAUUUGCGCACAUCGAUAACCUUGCAGAACAUGUGAUGGCCGGUCGUUACGACCUGAUCGGCCCGGACAAAGAGAUCAUCAUGCCCAACUAUUGGGAAUCAACCAUUGAGCCCGAUAUGCACAUCACAAUGAUGUUGUGGCCCAUUCCCGAACCCAAGGAAGAAAUAAUAGAGGAGCCGCCACCACCGCCUCCUCCCCCAGAGAUAUUAGAGGACACUAUCCUAAACCUCGAAGAUAUUAUCAACCCGAAGAAGGAGAAAAAAGGCCCCAAGAAGAGGAAACCAACUGGAGGCAUCGCCGGCUGGAUGCUGGGAGGAGCUGCCAGUCGGCCUUCGCGAGCUUUAAAAGGUGAUAAAAAGCCUGAUGUGGCCGCUAAAUCUCAGCACGGUGCCACUGAUCAAAGUGCAUGCACCGUUAUGUGA